UCCUAAUGGUUAGAGACUGUCAUGCGAUUCAAGCAGUGAAUUCCCUGCUGGUUUAUUUCGAGGAUUUUGCACAGAAUUAAUGAACAAAUAAUUAUAGGCCUAUGUGAUAACCGCGGGAAAAAGAACUGUACGUGGUUGUGGAUGUAACUGUUGCACUUUAAAUACAGACAUGAACCACUGAAGCUGAGACGGACAAGGACUGCAAUAAGCUCACGUGACGAGCUCUAUUCUCCCAUCACCAAAAGAUCUCAAUCAUGACACCCAAAUGGCUGGUUAUUUUCCUUUUUCUACAAUCUGGGACCGAAAAUGCAUUCCCUAUGGCCCCGACCAAGCUUCCCCCUGAGACAGGCACCUACAGGGUCACAGACACAAGCCUCACUCAUCUCACAGUGCACAGCCGGACGGGAGAGGUCUAUGUGGGAGCAGUGAACCGGGUCUAUAAGCUGUCUGCCAACCUAACAGAGCUGCGUUCACACAUGACUGGCCCCGUGGAUGACAACGCCAAAUGUUACCCCCCUCCCAGCGUCCGAGCUUGUGCACAUAAACUGGAGUCCUCUGACAACGUCAACAAGUUGCUGCUGGUUGAUUACGCUGGCAACCGCCUGGUAGCAUGUGGAAGCAUCUGGCAGGGUGUGUGUCAGUUCCUGCGGCUGGAGGACCUCUUCAAGCUGGGAGAGCCCCAUCACCGCAAGGAGCAUUACCUCUCUGGAGCCAGGGAGGCUGACGGCAUGGCAGGAGUGGUGGUUGACAGAACAGAAGGGAAGUGGAAGAAUGAGAAGAAGGGGGCUAGCCGGCUGUUUAUCGGGGCAGCCAUCGAUGGCAAGUCAGAGUAUUUCCCUACCCUGUCCAGCCGUAAACUGGUCGCUGAUGAAGAGAGUGUUAACAUGUUCAGUCUGGUCUACCAGGACGAGUUUGUGUCCUCACAAAUCAAGAUACCCUCCGACACUCUGUCCCUCUACCCGGCGUUUGACAUUUACUACGUGUAUGGAUUCUCCAGCCGUACUUACAUCUAUUUCCUGACGUUGCAGCUGGACACACAGCUCACCCAGAUGGAUGCCACCGGUGAAAAGUUCUUCACCUCCAAGAUAGUGCGGAUGUGUUCCAACGACACUGAGUUCUACUCUUACGUGGAGUUCCCCCUGGGUUGCACCAAGGAUGGGGUGGAAUACCGGCUGGUCCAGUCUGCCUACAAGCACCGUCCAGGUCGGAUGCUGGCCCAGGCCUUGGGGCUGUCUGAGGACGAGGAUGUGCUGUUUGUGGUGUUCUCCCAGGGCCAGAAGAACCGGGCCAACCCGCCUCGGGAAACGGUCCUGUGUCUCUUUACCCUGCAUCAGAUCAACCUGGCCAUGAGGGAGAGGAUCAAGUCGUGCUACCGUGGGGAAGGCAAGCUGUCCCUGCCCUGGCUGCUCAACAAGGAGCUACCCUGCAUCAACACGCCAAAGCAGAUUGGAGAUGAUUUCUGUGGGCUGGUGUUGAACCAGCCUUUGGGGGGUCUACGGGUGAUAGAGGGGACCCCUCUGUAUGACGACCGCGUAGAUGGCAUGGGAGCAGUAGCAGCCUACACCUAUGGAGACCACUCAGUGGUGUUUGUGGGAACCCGCAGCGGACACCUCAAAAAGAUCCGAGUGGAUGGCAUACCUCCCCCAUCCCAGAGUGCUUUGCUGUAUGAGACCGUUACAGUGGUUGAAGGGAAACCUAUUCUGCGUGACAUGGUAUUCAGCCCUGACUACCAAUACAUUUACCUGCUGAGUGACAAACAGGUGAGCAGGUUACCUGUGGAGAGCUGUGGCCAGUACACCACCUGCAAGACCUGUCUGGGCUCUGGAGAUCCCCACUGUGGAUGGUGUGUUCUUCACAACAAGUGUUCCAGACAGGAGGCCUGUGAGAAGUGGGCCGAGCCGCAGCAUUUUAACACAGAGCUGGACCAGUGUGUGGACAUUAGUGUCACACCUAACAACAUAUCUGUGACCUCUACUUCCACCCAGCUGAGUGUGAAAGUGGUAAACGUGCCCAGCCUGUCAGCCGGGGUGACGUGUGUGUUUGAGGAGUUGACAGAGAGCCCAGGGGAGGUGCUGGCCAAGGGGCAGGUCCUCUGUAUGUCCCCCUCCCUCAGAGAUGUCCCCUCCCUCGCACAGGGAUACGGUGACAAGCGAGUGGUCAAGUUCUUCCUGAAGUCCAAGGAGACAGGGCACAAGUUCAUCACCACUGACUUCAUCUUCUACAACUGCAGCGUGCUCCAGUCGUGCACCUCCUGUGUGAGCAGCCCCUUCCCCUGCAACUGGUGUAAAUACCGCCACAUCUGCACCAACAACCUGGCAGAGUGCUCCUUCCAGGAGGGACGCGUCAGCAGCGUGGAGGGCUGUCCCCAGAUCCUGCCCACCAGUGACAUCCUGGUACCUGCAGGGAUCAUUCGGCCAAUCACGCUGCGAGCCCGGAACCUCCCUCAGCCUCAGUCUGGACAGAAGAACUAUGAGUGUGUGUUCAACAUCCAGGGCAAGAUGCAACGCAUCCCAGCUGUGCGCUUCAACAGCUCCUGUAUCCAAUGCCAGAACACCUCAUACUGGUAUGAUGGGGACGAGACGGGAGACCUGCCUGUUGACUUCUCUAUCGUCUGGGACGGAGACUUCUUCAUCGACAAGCCUUCCACCAUGAAAGCCCUGCUGUAUAAGUGUGAGGCCCAGAGGGACAGCUGUGGCUUGUGUCUGAAGGCCAGCACAGCGUUUGAGUGUGGCUGGUGCCUGGACAACAAGAAGUGUCUCCUGAAGCAGCACUGCCAGACGCCGGAGCAGAACUGGAUGCACCCCGGCAGGCACAACGUCCGCUGCAGCCACCCCCGCAUCACCAUGAUCCGCCCGUUGACGGGGCCCAAAGAGGGGGGCACGCGAGUGACGAUCGAGGGGGAGAACCUCGGGCUGCAGGUGCGGGAGAUCGCCCACGUCCAGGUGGCUGGGGUUCGCUGUAACCCUGUGCCCUCCGAGUACAUCAGCGCUGAGAGGAUCGUGUGUGACAUGGCCGAGGCGCUACUGCCCCACUCUCCAGGUGGCCCAGUGGAGCUGUGUAUUGGGGUGUGCAGUGCAGAGUACCGCACUCAGUCAUCCCAGACCUACUCCUUUGUGACCCCCAGCUUCAACCGUGUGCGCCCGGAGAAGGGCCCCGUGUCUGGGGGGACCAGGCUGACAAUAUCAGGCCGUCAUCUCGAUGCUGGGAGCACUGUCACUGUAUUCAUCGCCCAGGAGGAGUGUCUGUUUGUUAAGAGGACCAAAAGGGACAUUGUGUGUGUGACACCGUCGUCACUGUCUGGCUCAGGCCCCGCGUCAAUCAAGCUGUUAAUUGACAAAGCUGAAGUCACCAGCAGUGACACACGCUACAUCUACACAGAGGACCCCACCAUCUCCAGCAUCGAGCCCAGCUGGAGUAUAGUGAAUGGUAGCACCUUGAUCACCGUCACAGGUACCAACCUGUUUACCAUCCAGGAACCCAAAGUCCGUGCCAAGUAUGGAGGAAUAGAGACUACUAAUGUGUGCACUGUGGUUAAUGAUUCUGUGAUGACCUGUCUAGCCCCGGGCAUCAUUUACACCAAGCACCAGGCGCCAGAGUCAGGCCUGCACCCCGACGAGUACGGUUUCAUCCUGGAUCACGUGGCCGCACUGCUCGUCCUCAAUGGGACACCUUUCACCUACUACCCCAACCCCACCUUUGAAACACUAGGGAACUCUGGGAUACUGGAGGUCAAGCCUGGCUCUCCCAUUAUCCUCAAAGGAAAGAAUCUGAUUCCCCCUGCUCCGGGCAACACCCGCCUGAACUAUAGUGUGAUGAUUGGUGAAACUCCCUGUCUGUUAACCGUCUCGGAGUCUCAGCUGCUCUGUGAUUCGCCAGACCUGACCGGGGAGCAGAGAGUCCUGAUUGUGGUCGGUGGUCUGGAGUACUUCCCAGGCACCCUGCACAUCUACUCCGACAGCACCCUCACCCUGCCGGCCAUCAUCGGGAUCGGGGCGGGAGGAGGGGUGCUCCUCAUCGCCAUCAUCGCCGUACUUAUCGCCUACAAGAGGAAGACCCGGGACGCUGACCGCACCCUGAAACGCCUGCAGCUGCAGAUGGACAACCUGGAGUCCAGAGUGGCCCUGGAGUGUAAAGAAGCAUUCGCUGAGCUGCAGACAGACAUCCAGGAGCUGACCAAUGACAUGGACGGAGUGAAGAUCCCCUUCCUGGAGUAUCGCACCUACACCAUGAGAGUCAUGUUCCCCGGCAUCGAGGAGCACCCCGUCCUCAAGGAGCUGGAUGUAAGUUCCCCGGCCAAUGUGGAGAAAGCCCUGCGUCUGUUCAGCCAGCUGCUGCACAAUAAGAUGUUUCUGCUAACCUUCAUCCACACCCUGGAAGCCCAGAGGUCCUUCUCCAUGCGGGAUCGCGGCAACGUGGCCUCUCUGCUCAUGGCCGCACUGCAGGGCCGCAUGGAGUACGCCACCAUGGUGCUCAAACAGCUGCUGGCAGACCUCAUCGAGAAGAACCUUGAGAACCGCAACCAUCCCAAACUGCUGCUCCGACGGACAGAGUCUGUGGCAGAGAAGAUGCUCACCAACUGGUUUACGUUUCUGCUGCAUCGAUUCCUCAAGGAGUGUGCGGGCGAACCUCUGUUCAUGCUGUACUGUGCCAUCAAGCAGCAGAUGGAGAAGGGGCCUAUAGACUCCAUCACAGGAGAGGCGCGCUACUCCCUCAGUGAGGACAAGCUCAUCAGACAGCAGAUUGACUACAAACAGCUGACUCUGAUGUGUAUCCCUCCGGAGGGAGAGGCAGGCACGGAGGUCCCGGUGAAGGUGCUGAACUGUGAUACGGUCACUCAGGUGAAGGACAAGCUGCUGGACGCUGUAUACAAGGGCAUCCCCUACUCCCAGAGACCCCAGGCUGACGACAUGGACCUGGAGUGGCGACAAGGUAGACUGACCAGAAUUAUCCUUCAAGAUGAGGACGUCACCACAAAGAUUGAGAGUGACUGGAAAAGGCUCAACACCUUGGCCCACUAUCAGGUGACCGAUGGUUCUCUGGUAGCCUUGGUCCAGAAGCAAGUCUCAGCCUACAAUAUUGCUAACUCGUUUACCUUCACCCGCUCUCUGAGCCGCUAUGAAAGCCUCCUGAGGACGUCCAGUAGCCCAGAUAGCCUGCGCUCCCGUGCCCCCAUGAUCACCCCUGACCAGGAGACUGGCACUAAGCUCUGGCACCUGGUCAAGAACCACGAGCACGCUGACCAACGGGAGGGCGACCGCGGCAGCAAGAUGGUGUCUGAGAUCUAUCUCACCCGCCUACUGGCAACCAAGGGAACUCUGCAGAAGUUUGUAGAUGAUUUGUUUGAGACGGUGUUCAGCACGGCCCACCGCGGCAGUGCCCUCCCACUGGCCAUCAAGUAUAUGUUUGACUUCCUGGACGAGCAGGCCGACAGGAGGCAGAUCACUGACCCGGACGUCCGCCACACCUGGAAGAGCAACUGUCUGCCCCUGCGUUUCUGGGUGAAUGUGAUCAAGAACCCUCAGUUUGUGUUUGACAUCCACAAGAGCAGCAUUACGGACGCCUGUCUGUCUGUGGUGGCCCAGACCUUCAUGGACUCCUGCUCUACAUCAGAGCACCGCCUGGGCAAGGACUCCCCCUCCAACAAGCUGCUGUACGCUAAAGACAUCCCCAACUACAAGAGCUGGGUGGAGAGGUACUACAGAGAUAUCAGUAAGAUGCCUACCAUCAGUGACCAGGACAUGGAUGCCUAUCUGGUGGAGCAGUCUCGUCUCCAUGGCACCGAGUUCAACACUCUCAGUGCUCUCAGUGAGCUCUACUUCUACAUUAACAAGUACAAAGAGGAGAUUUUGACAGCACUGGACAGGGAUGGGUACUGCCGCAAACACAAGUUGCGACACAAACUGGAACAAGCCAUUAACCUUAUGUCGGGCAGCAGCUGAGGACGGAGGAUGGAACAGGGGG